AUGACCAUCGAUGCGCUUGAAUCGCCGGAGCAGAACCCAGCAGCUUAUUUAGCACGAGUGUCAGCGCCGGACGAUGGCGUGGCGAUGUUUGCGAUCAUGGUACCACCGUGCGGACAAGCGCUACCCUAG